AUGAAACAGCUGUACAUAUUUUUACUUUUACAGAGAAUAAAAGCCCAACUAGAGGUCAUAAAAGAGGAUGAAAUUUUUAUCAGAAGAAGACGCGCUGGCGCUGGAAUAACAACAGUGGAUUGCAAUCGCGGAGCAGAGCAAGCCUCAGCUCUAGAAACAAAAUAUCUCACCUUUCCCGACUUUCCAACUCCAAUGUACAAACCCAUGAAAUGCUCGUGGACCAUCACCGCCAGCCCCGGAGCCUUCAUCCAAGUGAUGAUAAAAGACAGCAUCCCCUGCGCCGGAGGAAAUGGAAUUUAUCUCGAAGAGGGAUCAGCCAAAACUAAGGCGAUCUGCGGCGCGAACCCGAAAACGCUGACUUCAAAAACGCAGAAAAUGAAGUUCACUGUUCAACUAAAUAAGCCUGGUCCAAGGGGCGAAGUCGUCCAAAUCGGCUUCAAACAGCAAGCUUUUCCAUCUGGCUGGACAAUUGCCGAGUUCAAUAAAGGUAAAAAAGCAAAGCCAGCUCCUGUCAAACCCGCUCCCAAAAAACGACCUCCGCCAAAGAAAAAACCCAUUUUGAAAUCCGCCAAAAAGCCAAGCAAAAAGACGAAAUCCCCGCCAAAGCGACUUUCUGUUACAAAACUUGGGAAACCACCGGGACAUAAAGAUACGAUCGUUUAUGGCGAUGCGGACAGGUGGGAAGUGAAGGAUAGAAGACAUAUCAUCGUGAUUGGUGGAGUUUGCUUUUUACUCCUCCUUGUUGGCGCGGCUUUUUACAUGGGAGUCGCGAUGAAGAAAGAUGCAGAGGAGCAGGAUCGACUCAAAGCGGAAGGAAAAGAUCAGCUUCCAAAAUUUCAGAUAAGCGAAAAAGAUCUGCCAAAAUCCAUGGUCAAGACCGAGUCACAAACUCCCAUCGUUUCAACUUCGUCACAUCAGUAA